AUGGACCAUCAAAAGUCCAAGAAAAAACGCAAAGCUUACUACCGAAAAUGUGCUUUUGGUUCAAAAAAAUCUCGUCUGAAUGAUCAAAACGAUAGUGUGUCAUGCAUUCCGAAAAAUUUACAACCCGGCAUGACCGGUUAUAUAUUAACUUACAAUCAACAGCAACGAUUAGCACAUAUUGAGACUUAUCGUUUGUUAAAUCAUACUUUAGAUGAGAUUUCUAUUGAAAAGCAUAAAAGUGGAGCAUCUAAAAUCAACAGUCCUGUAAAUACAAACAAUGAAUUAGUUGGUUCUGAACCUAAUAAUAUGGUUAGUGUUGAAAAGAAUGAUGAUACUGAUGACUUAUACUCACAGUUACUUCGUGAAAAUUGUUCAAAAUAUCCUGCCAAUUCAAAAAAUAAAUUUGGUUUCUACUCUGUGAAAACACAUAUCAGUAACUGUUCUUUUAUUCUUCAUCAGACUAAUUUACUUAGUGCUGCAGAACUUUGUAAUCGUGUAUUCGAAAGACUACUCUCGACUUCCAAUGCAGAGUCUCGUUAUGUUCUUCGUUUGAUGCCUGUUGUAAACACAUGUCGGUCAGAUUUGCCGUCACUCGAAAAUUGUGUGCUAAAAGCGUGGUCGAACUUCCUUGGCCUAGCGUCAUGUAAAAUAAAUACAAAAUGUUCUAAAGUUGAGGUACCUCUAGACCAGUCAAAUGAUGAAGAAAACGCAAAUAAUGAUAACGAGUCCUCAAUUUUACAUGUCCCAAAACAGAUCGCUUGUGAAUCUACAUUGAACGGAUCGAAGACGUUUAUGAUUGUGUUCAAAUCUCGUGGUUUCAAAGCUAUUACCCGUGAUGAUGCUAUACGCCGUACAUUUGAAGCAAUCAAAUCAGUUGAUUCAUCUUGGAAUUUAUGCAAUUCAUCGCCUUCAGUUGUUGUCUCAAUAACUGUCCUGUGUAAGGUUACUUGUAUCAGUUUGUUAGAAAAUUUCUUCAAAUAUCGUAAAUACAAUAUAGCAGAAGUUUGCUCACCAUCAACUCAAUAUGACUGUACAAAUAACAUAAAAAAUGACGAAUCCAAAUAAAAU